CAACGCACAUUCAUGAAAUUUUGAGCUGUAAAGUACCUCGAGUCCACUCAGUGUGGACGAGUAUUUGUGUGAAUAAGGAGACCCCUCGUGCGACAGCGAAAAUGUCAAAAAGCACGAAUUCCUACAAUUCAAUUUGCUUCAGUGCAAAAGAAAGAAAAAAAAACGAAAGUUGCGUGUGAAGAGGAAUUUGCCGGUCAUUCUGUUCCUCAGUGGAAAAAAAAGAAGUGGUGGCCACGUGAUCCGGACAGGAGAAACCAGCGCACCAGGAGGUCAUCCUCAAGCCUCCAAAGUUAGCCGCGGAAGUCACCGUAACAACGUUGGGGAAGGAACGGUCGUCGUCUACAGCUGCUGGUGAGUUGCAAAAAACAAAAACUGCCAUCCUAAAAGAGCAAAGCCCGCUCACGCAAUUUUAUUCUUGCCAGGUUGUUCCGCCGGUCAAACAGGCCAGUGCUGGUUGAAGAACCAUCCGUGGUUCAAGUUCGCCCAAGCAGAAUUCGCAAGAUCGCGGACCGGCGAACGGUGCAAGAAAAAGUAGAGCCGCUAAACACAUCUGUACAAGCAAAGCGGACAACAAAGCACCAGAAGGAUUACCAAAGGCAAAAGACCCCAUAUCGGGUAAGCAACACCAAAAAGCAACCUUGAGCAAAAUUGGAAAACUAAUUGGACUUUGUCCGCAGGGUUUUUUUUUGUUCCACGCGUGUUUUUCUCCCAGCAGCUGCCAACAUCACUUCCGGUGAUUCCUCAUCAUUGAACGCAGCCAGGGAUUUCGUGGUCGUUUUACACCAGCAGGACCCGGAGGUCCGGUGCCCGGCAAACCUGCUUGGUUCUCAUCGAGCACAUCAGCAUCCGGCAACACUUCGCCAGCCGCAUCGGCGAAUCGCAACAGCAGUCGCCUCAGGGGGCAGCCCUUUGAGAACACCUUCCAGAUUGCGCAUCAACACGACAGCAACUAGUGCCGGGAAUCUGGUGAAACGAGGACAAGCCCAAUCAGCGAGCGCUUGCCAGAUAAUCAGGCGAGUGAGCACGAGCAGCAUCUCUUCCGUUCGGAAGCCUUCCGACACUGUUCCGGAAGCAAUCAAGGAUCGCAGCACCAACAGAAGUCACAGGUCCGAUGUCCGGGAAUCCACUUGGCUCCCUUCAGGUCUGCAGCACAGCAGCGACAUUUCGUCAGCCAUCGGUGGGAAUUGGAAACCUUGAGCGGAGUCCGCUUGUUCCUUCUCAGGCCACCCACAAGCACGAUACGAGCAGCAUCCAGAGGUCCGAUGUCGGGCAAUUAGUUCGUUUUGUCCGGGGCAGCAGAGCCAAGACCUUGGUUGGUGGAAUUCGGAGCGGAAGUGCAUGCGAUCAUCAUAGGACGUCAUAAGAUGACCAAAAAAACCACGUGAGUUAAUUCAAUUUAUUCAUGAAUGUAGAAUACAUGUGCAAUGGGAACAAAUUUCCUUUAUUUAUCUGAUGGCGCGUUUUGAUGAUGUGGAACUUUAGUUAUUUUGUUAUUCCACCGAUAAAUAUUAAGUCCAACAUUGGCGCCCAACUAUAAUUAACCCACAUUUUAAUUUGUUGUGGUGUUUAGUGUGUUGUAGCUUAUUUAAGCAGCACAUUUUGAAGUUAAUAGGUUUGGCAUUUAGCAAUUAAGAAUAUAAGACCCUUUUUCUAAACAAUGGAUAUGGAUCCAGCUUGUCUUUCCGAAGACGAGGUGAGCUAUGAGUUGGCGCUACGUCACGUAGCUAAUUUAAGUUCUCUUCCUAGAAGAGCGAAAGCGUUAAGGCUUCGGCAAAUUAUGCUAGAGGAUAUAAGAAACAACAAAAUUUAUGAAAAUUCUUCACACAUUAUGGAUGCGGAGCAAAACAUCCGCACAUGUCAAGAUCGCGUAGAUAACUUGCUAGAACGGUUAAAAGUAGCGUUUAAAUCCGCGGAUUACCAAUUCAUGCGUCAAGCAACGUCGCGUCUCAUUCAUUAUCGUGAACGUUUAGCAAUAGUAGAACCGCCGGCAAAAUUAAACGACACAUACGCAACACUUACUCUUCUUAUUCAAUGUUCGUUGGAGGACAUUGAAGAUGUGCUAAGCAACCCGCGAAAAAAAGCAAGUGGGCAAGUGCAAAGUGCUAGUGAGGAUCAUGGUGCAGCAGCAGUGGAUCUGAAUGUUUCCCGGGCCGACUCGAGCAGAACGGGAACAAUACCAAAGCCUUCGAGGAACAUGACCUCAGCCAGCUUGAAUCAGCCAGUCUACAUCGGGAGGGAGAAGUCAGUUCGCAGGGCGUCGCUAUCGGAAGCCAACUCCUUCAGUUCAGAGCGCGACAGCACGUACUUAGGGAAUUCACCAUGGGUGAGCGGUGCUGCCGCUGUAGAAGAACCUGCUCCAAGAAGACACCAGCAGAGGCAACGGCUUUCGGACCGAGAGCGCGACGCAUAUGAAUCACAGCAGACGGCAACAUACCUGCGCGAAGGCAAUUACGUUCAGCAGUUCGGUCAGCAGCGUGCACCUAGGAGUGACGAGAAGCCUGGGUAUCCGGUAGACGAAUCGGCUCCGCCACCGUACGCUUUUAGGGAACAAGCAGAAGAAGCAGCCACGAGGAAUGAGUACAGCCGAUUAAGGGAUGAGUUACUGGAGCGCUUCAUGCGUCGGGAGCAGGAAGCCUACCAACAGCAGCGUUGGGAAGACCGACGUUCUUCAAGCAAGGCAAUUCACAAUUGGCAGAUCUUCUACAAAGGCGAAAGAGAUGGCACAUCAUUGAACGAGUUCAUUCAAAGCGUGGAGGUGUUCGCAUUGUCCGAAGAAGUUCCUGAGCAGGUGCUAUUGCAGAACAUCAAGCACUUACUGAAGGGCGAUGCUUUGAAGUGGUAUGCUAGAGCGUUUUUGAGAGGCGAUUUGAGGUCUUGGGGAGAUUUCAAACGGUUGAUCCGGGGAGAGUUCUUACCAAGCAGCUACGCAUAUAUAUUGAGGGCUGAGGCGUAUCAUCGGCUCCAAGGAGAGCAAGAAACCUUUAGCGAUUUCUUCGCGGAUAUCUCAACACUGUUUAGUUACGCCAAUCCUCCUGCAACGGAUAGAGAGAAGUUGUUUAUCAUCAAGAAGAAUAUGAACUCUACAUAUGCUCCGGUUGCGGCAGCACAGCAAGCAGCAUCGGUUGAACAACUAGUAGAAGCAUGCAAGGAAUUCGACGAGCUUAGAAAGCUCCAACGGCUUCAGCGGCGAAUGCUACUUCCUGCAGCAUCACUGUUAGAACCAUCGCUCGCUACACCAGUGCCAGUACAGCGCGCUAAUCGCAAUGCUCCGUUGAAUCAGCGCUACGGAAGAGUCAACAUGCUAGAAGAAAUUAAUAGUCGCAGAAAUGAAGAAGCAAUGAGUUCGUACGGUGAACCGUCGGUGAUCGACAGUAACAACAAGGUGGAAGAACGGUUGGAGGAUCUGAUUCAUCAAGUCGACGCAUUGAGGGUGAGAUUUGAACGCAGAGAACAAAACACCACAAACACGCGGGAAAACCAAUCUCGGCCUGCAGUGUCUAUUCAGGAGCAUCCAGAAUCAACGAACGUGAACACUCGACCACCAAUGAUUUGCUGGAAUUGCGACGAAGAGGGGCAUCGAUUUAUGGAUUGUUCCAAACCACAGGCGAUACUGUUCUGCUAUCGUUGUGGGCAAAAAGGUUUUUCGUUACGGAGCUGCCCAAGUUGCCGUCAUCGUUCGGGAAACGCCCCGGCGGGGAACUAG